AUGAGUGAUCUUGACGAAUGUUCAAUUACCCCUGGCGUCUGUGAACAUAUCACAGAUAGUAUCUGCAAGAAUUCACCCGGUUCUUAUCGUUGUCAGUGCAAUUUAGGGUACACUGGAUUAACAUGUCAAGAUAUAAACGAGUGUAUACCAGACACGGGUGUCUGCAAGAGCACAGCUAACAGUCACUGCAACAACACUCCCGGCUCAUAUCAAUGUCUUUGCAGGACUGGAUACACAGGUUCAACAUGUCAAGAUAUCAACGAAUGUAAGGACGACAGAGACAUCUGCAAGAGUACAAUCAACAGUGAAUGUAACAACACCAUCGGAUCGUAUGAAUGCGUUUGCCAAGAUGAAUACUCUGGACUUCCAUGUCAAGGCAAGCCGUCAACAACUUUCAUGACGAUAUCACCAGGAAGCAUCAGCACCUUUCAUAGCACGAUCUCUCAUACCACCACCUAUAUCGUCGUGGCAGCAGUAGCUUCUAUCCUGGCAGUAGCGCUGGGACUUACGGCCCUAGUCUGCUGUGUAAAGAACAGGAAACUGUCCAGAAUGAAAAGUAGAGGAGGUGAUCAAGCGCUGUGUAGAUGUUCUACAACACCCGAAUCACGUCUAAGCCAGAUUGAUGCUGUCACAUUGACGACAAAUGAACUGUAUACCUUACCAGCAUGCGCAUCGGAAGUGCACAACAGUGCGUGCACGAUCGGAAACUCAAACGCGAACAGCACAGUGUCUUCCAGCUGUACUAGCCAGGUUGGCAUGACCUUGAAUCCUGUGUAUGACGACAAUGCACUACGUGGACCACUGGCCGCGGACACGAACACAAUCUUGAGGCUUGAGGCUAAGCAACACCACAAUCCAAAUGGCAAUGGAUACGAGGAGGUAGAUAUUUGCUCAAAGACUUGACUCACAUCGCAGACUUGCAAGAGUAGAUCCUUAUCUACUUUACUUGGCCGUCAAUUCCCUAACAGGAUUUUUGAUAGAACGAUUAUCUUUUCGGCACCCCUCCACAUUCCUCCACGUGUUCAUAUCUUAUGACACAAGCAUGACCACCCUUUUGAUUACGUGCCUUCAGCUGAGAAACGGAACACUGAUUGUUUACAUUAUUGCUCUUCGUGAAAUAAAUAUUUAGUUUCUUUGACAAUUCUGACUUCGUCGUGGCUUCACCCUUAUCAUGACAGCCUGUUGCCAUACAUUGUGCCUGUUAUUGCUGGGCAAGGGUUCUAGACGCAUGCUCGUAUUUUCGUCAUUUCCUGUUCUAGAUUUUUCAACCACGACUACGGUGUAGCGGACACAAAAGUAUUGAAUCCUCACUUUCACACAGUUUGAAUUCGAUUUACUAAGUAUAACAUGCCGACCAUCCUCACUGCUUGUUGUGCAUCCACACUCAAUUGCUGAUUUGUUCGCUUCAUCUUUUUUUCCUUGGUCUUUUUACUUCUUUACGAUUUGGAUAUGUGAUGCGUCAGUAAAAAACAGUAAGUAAUACAAUUGUGUAAAUAGACGCGAGGCACAAGUCCUCCCCUUGAUGGCAUAAUCA